ACCAUGUCCCGCUAAUUACACGUGUUUGCCGAAUGCGGGACCGAACCCUAACUAUGGUUACACUAACUUUGACAACAUUGGAUGGGCAUUAGUAAUGUCCUUUCAGCUUCUUACAAUGGACUACUGGGAAAACUUGUAUAAUAAGAUGAUUGCUGCUGUAGGCGCUGGAUAUGUGUUCUAUUUCAUAUGUGCGAUAUUCUUCUGCUCGUUUUAUCUGCUCAAUCUUGUGCUUGCCAUUGUGGCGUUAUCGUACGAACAAGAGAUAAGAGCCGUAGUCCACGAGUCCGUACAAAGACGACGCGAGAAAAAAAGCGCAGUAUCAUAUCCUGCAGACGAAGAGACACUACGAACGCUGCGUCCACUUAACACCACCGUUGGUGCUCAAAUACUAGGUAUCAAGGCAAUCAGACGAGAAAUAGCUUAUCAAAUCAAACAAGCACAGAAAUCUAAUAUACAACGAAAAGAAUCGAUUUUCAAGAAAAUAGGAAGCAAGAACACUUUUAAAGAUGUCUUAGAUGAAAAAUUAAAGAACGAUUUAUUCACGCAAGACAUGCGCUGCUGGCCUCGAUUUCAGAGGAUUCUGUUGAGCGCAGUUGAUCACCCGUUAUUUGAACUGGCUGUAAACGGGUUUAUACUGGCUAAUACUGUAGUACUGGCGCUUUAUCAUUAUGGUAUCAAUGAUGGAUUUAAAUACGUAUUAGAUAUAUUGAAUUUGGUUUUCACAGCGAUAUUUCUACUAGAGAUGGUAGUAAAGUUGAUGGCGUUGGGUACAGUUGAUUAUUUACAGAGCAGAUGGAAUCUUUUCGAUGGUUUAAUUGUAGUUAUGAGUUUAAUAGACACUACAUUUGAAUUAGCAAAGUUCCGCGAAUCAGCAGGGACAAGCAUAUUUAGGACAUUUCGCUUAGUUCGUAUAAUGAAAUUAGCUCAGUCUUGGAAGACUAUGGGAAAACUACUUGCUACAAUAGCGAACAGUGUGGGACCCAUCGGCAAUAUCACUCUUAUCCUCGUCCUUAUAAUCUACAUCUUUGCCGUUAUGGGAGUUAAAGUUUUUGGUUCCUCGUACACGGAGGAGGUUUUCCCUGACGGUAUUCCAMGAUGGAAUUUCAAAGACUUUUGGCACUCCUUUAUGGUAGUUUUUCGAAUUUUAUGUGGAGAAUGGAUYGAGCCGYUGUGGGAUUGCAUGAAAGCAACGAAUCCUGGAGCGAUUGUGUUUUUCAUACUUUCAUUCGUCAUUGGCAAUUUUAUAGUUUUAAAUCUCUUCCUCGCUUUGCUUCUAAAUGCCUUUGAUAGUGAGGACGAGGAAGAAGAUGAAGACGAAGACGAAGAUGGUGAAGACAAAGAGCCAUUCCGUGACUGGUUGAAGCGAAAACUCUUCACGACAAGGCGCUGGAUCGUCCCACUUAAAAACAACGUCCCUCAGUCCACAGCAAAUGGGUCGGCAACUAACCAAAUUCAAACACCAGGAAAAAGCACAGUAGUAAAAGCAACCAAACCAUUGCCUCGUCGUGACUUGGAGUCCCCUACAGAUGCAGGAAGUAACGCAACGUUAGCAAGCUUAGCCGCAGGAAUUGGCGGUAACAGGAAGAAUCGACCUGUAGGAGAAAUUGUCAUMACCGAAUGCUUUCCGGAGUUCCUGAUGGCUCCCUUUGAUUGCUUACCCUUGACAUGUUAUUGGUGGCUUCGACUUCGAGCACGAGUGCGUUUCAUUGUGGAACAUCGAUUCUUUGAAUGGUUUAUUUUAUCGCUGGUUUUUAUAAGCAGCUUUGUUCUGGUUUUUGAAGACGUUCACCUCAAAGACAACCCAAAGCUUGCUUACAUACUCGACACACUGAACUACAUGUUUGCCAUUAUUUUUGCCAUCGAGUUCGUUCUCAAGAUCACUGGACUUGGGAUUGUAGAGUUCUUCUCGUCAUUCUGGAAUUUCCUGGAUGCGUUCAUUGUAGCAAUUUCUGUAGCUUGCAUAGUUGAAGAUAAGGAACUUGCAGUGUUUAGGUCAUUGAGGACUGUACGAGCAUUACGUCCAUUGAGAGCUGUCUCAAGACUGGAAGGCAUGAAGGUUGUUGUAAAUGCGCUUUUCGCAGCCAUUCCUGGAAUCGCCAACGUGCUWCUUGUAUCGUUACUGUUCUGGUUGAUUUUCUCAAUCCUUGGUGUCCAGUUAUUUGCCGGCAAGUUCUUCAAGUGUCUGGACGAAGAUGGCAACCGUUUGCCAAUAUUAGAAAUCAACAAUAAAUCUGAUUGCCUCGCGCAUGCAGAUGAUGGAUAUCGGUGGGAGAAYUCGAAAAUUAACUUUGAUAAUGUCAUCAAUGGUUUUUUAGCRCUUUUUCAAGUGGCAACCUUUGAAGGCUGGAUGGAGGUCAUGGAUGACGCAGUGGACACAAGAGGGCAUGACAUGCAGCCAUCAGACGAGAGUAACUUCAGUGGGUACACCUACUUUGUCAUCUUCAUCAUCAUUGGAGCAUUUUUUGUACUCAAUUUGUUCGUCGGUGUCAUCAUUGAUAAUUUCAAUACGCUUAAACGAAAGUAUGAUGAAUUAAGUGGYAUGGGCAUGYUGCUAACUGACAGUCAACGGAAAUGGGUGGACAUGCUAAAAGAGGCUGCAAAACGAAAAGCUCCUGUUCAGGCCAUCAGACCGCAGGAUUGCCUAAGAGGUCGUCUAUUUGAUGCAGUGACCAGUACAGUAUUCGAGAUUGUUUUGCUUGGUGUCAUCAUUUGUAAUAUGAUUAUCAUGAUGUUCCAGCACUAUGAUCAGUCGGAGCAGUUCAGCGAAGUUAUGAAUAUCCUUUACAWAAACCAWWKAAUGAUUGUUCCAUAUYUUAAUACGUAUAUUUUGUCAUCAAUAAACUGUCUUUGCAAAUGUGGGUGCUCUUUCUGCUGUGAAGGUUUUGCGCAUGCGCUGGAGGAUACAAAAAUGGGUCAACCAAUAGUAUCGAGCGUACUACUUUUAUAUGGCACUUGUAUGGUCACUGUCAUGGAAUCCCAAGCUCUGACAACAAACGAAAUCAUAGCAGACCUCGAAAAUUUACAACAGAAAGCCGACCAUUUUUGGAACUUUGAAGAACAGCCUUUCAAGGACGAAAAAACAGACAAUCAGAUAUCGAUAACAGGAAAUCUGACAACCACUUUAUCGCCCAUUGGCGACCAAGCCAUUUCUAUUCGAGAUUCCAAGUCAAGAGUUGAUUUAAACAUUACGCUUGGUAAUAUGUCGUGCCUGCAAGAYCCAUUUACAUGUUCCAGCGGUCUCACAGUAGCUAUGGUGAUUAAAAUUGGUGAUGGUUUUUCAAACAAUGAGAUUUUUGGACCUUGUGGAGUUGUAGGAGGUAUAAAAGUCGAGACUUCACUCUUUCAUUUGUUCAUGAAAUGA